AUGUGCUUUGAAAAACCACAAUAUACUAAAAUUACAAAAGAACUGUUCAACCACAAAAAUAGGACACAACCUGAACAUAAGACACUCAACACCUUCAUGUUACAAGUUGAAAGUUCUCUGGAUAAUUUCUUUACAACCACCUUCCAGACUUUCAUGAAAAACAGGUCUUUCACUGAAUGCGGUGAAUAUGAGUUUUCUCAAGUCAUUGAACGUAUCAAGUUUGUGUAUAUAAUGGCUCUAGUACUCAAUACGUAUAGGGUUUCUGCAAUCACAGACAUUGUAUGUGCAUUGUCAUCUAAAAUAGUCAAGAAAAGAGAUAUUGUAUUUGAGACACUGUACAUAAUCACAACAGAAACUAAAACACAUACAGACAUUUCAACUAAGACUCAGAUUAUUGAUGGUGAAUUAUACAAUAUCAGAAUUGUCAAAAAGAGCACAAGAAUCAAUGAGCACUAUAAAGGGAUUAAAGUCUGGAGAUACGCAAAUAUGCAGGAUAAAGAAUACGCUAUGAAAGUACUGGAUGAAGAAGCAGAAAUAAUGAACAGAAUAAUUGUAGAUGAUCAUGAUACAGAAAAUAACAAAAUACCUGAAGAUGAAAUAGAAGUCAACAAAAUAAGCACAGUGGAAACCAAAACACAAACGAAUAAUGACGUUCAGAAUGUUAUUGAACGAACCAUUCACAACUUGUUAAGGAAGAAUUCACCUACUGCAGCAGAACAAUUCCUUUUAAAACAAGAUGAUCUUAAUCAAUUAUGGCCAAUAUCAAGAAAUAUAAUACCUGAACAAAGAUUACACAAAGAAUUGGAGUCAAAUGCCAUGAAAACAACAACAGACAUAAGAUUCAAAAACUUUUCUAGUUAUGAGAACACCACCUGGAAUUGCAUUUGGAAGUUUAUUGAGAUUUUCCCACUUAAGCAAGAUUAUUACAAGACAAUCUAUGAAUCACAGUGA